UAAUUUACAUAAAUACCAAUCCACAAGCAUUCGCAUUAUCGCAUUUUACCUACGUUCCUCUGAGCCAGAGCAAAAUCCAAAACCCUAGCAAAGCAAAGGGCAAGGGGAAGCACCAAAAAUGGCGACCGGACCAAGGAUUCUUUCAACAAAAGAGGCCGACAUUCAAAUGAUGUUGGCCGCCGAAGUUCACCUCGGCACCAAAAACUGUGACUUUCAAAUGGAGCGUUACGUCUUCAAGCGCCGAAAUGACGGAAUUUACAUCAUCAACCUUGGAAAAACAUGGGACAAGCUUCAGAUGGCAGCAAGGGUUAUUGUUGCUAUCGAGAACCCUCAGGAUAUCAUUGUUCAAUCCGCAAGGCCAUAUGGGCAAAGGGCUGUCUUGAAGUUUGCCCAGUACACCGGGGCUCAUGCAAUUGCUGGACGCCAUACUCCUGGAACAUUCACCAACCAACUUCAGACCUCAUUCAGCGAGCCACGUCUUCUCAUCCUUACUGAUCCAAGGACUGAUCACCAGCCUAUUAAGGAAGGUGCACUUGGGAACAUCCCCACCAUUGCUUUCUGUGAUACUGAUUCCCCUAUGCGAUAUGUUGAUAUUGGUAUCCCUGCCAAUAACAAGGGGAAGCACAGCAUUGGUUGUCUGUUUUGGCUCUUAGCAAGGAUGGUUCUUCAAAUGCGUGGUGUCAUUGCUCCUGGACACAAGUGGGAUAUCAUGGUUGAUCUAUUUUUCUACAGGGAGCCUGAGGAAGCCAAGGAACAAGAAGAGGAGGAAGUACCUGCACUCCCAGAUUAUGGUGAUUAUACAGCUGGUCCACUAACUGGGGCGGAUUGGUCUAGUGGUCAAAUUCCGGAAGCUCAAUGGGCUCCUGAGAUAGCAAGUGCUAUUCCACCAGCUGCCAGUGGUUGGACUGCUGAUGUUGGAGUAACUGCUGAUGGAUGGGAUAUGGCUGCCCCGCCGCCAAUGGCAGCACCUGGAGUUGAUGCUGGAGUUGAUGUUGCUGGAGUUGAUGUAAUGCCGCCGCCGCCUCCUCCUGCUGCUGCUACUGGCUGGGAAUAGUUAAUGAACAUUUUCGCAACUUUUUUCCUGAAAGCGCCUUUGAAGAGCUUGGUUGUUAACAAUAUUUUUAUUGUUCCAUUAGUGGCAUGUCUUCCUUGUAGCAAUUAUUUAGCUUUAGAGAUGAUUUUGGCGAUGGCAGAAGCGAUAUGUUUAAUUAAUAUAACAAUGACUUAAGAGUGGAAUAACAGUUGGCAAGCUGACGGAGGAAUAACUUCAUCAAAAUGAUGAACUGCGGUCGACUUAGCAAUAGCUGAAGAGAAUGGUCAAUCCUCCGCUCGACUCAGCUUACGUUGAAAGGGUUUCAAUUCGGUUUGUUAUACAGAGUUUUUAAUGUAAUUUUUGGAGCCUGUGGCGCGUGUUGUCGUUGGGAGUUGAGCGGUGGAUUGUUCGGCUCUUUAUUCUCUUCAGCCAUUAUUAUAUCAAUCGGAGUUGAGCAUUUUGAUGAAGUUCCUUCGUUUAGCACAGCUAUGUUAAUAGAAAAUGUAUUUUUAUUGCUAUCUAAAUAGGAGUCUUCCUUUCUCA